AAGUUCCGCACUCCGGCGGAGCGCUCGGGAUGUUCGCAGUCACGACGCCGCUCGUCAUGACGGGAUUUCACCGAUGACGCCUCGCCUUGGUUUGGAACGCAUCCGCCCUCUUUUCCUUUAAAACCCCAAAUGUGGGUCACUUUUUUUUUAGUAGUCCAGAAUCAGGGUUUUGAACUUGAAGCACUAGAUUUUCUCUCGGAGGACAAUUAAGCGGCUUCGCACCUGUCGGCAGCCUCCAUUUUUGCUUGUUUUUUCCUUUUUUUUAAUUCAAUGUGAAGGUUGUUCUUUCCCCCUAACCCAUGCGCCGCAGCUCGGAUUCGAACUCGCUGCAGGUGGGAGGUGGUUGAUGGGCUCCGACUCGUGCUGCUCCUGAACGCCCGGCACCGAUGGCUUCCCACGGCUUCUGGUCCCUCGGCGGAGAGACCCCCGGCAGCCAGAGCCCGAGCACCCCGCGAGCCUGGUGCCAAGCGGCGGCCCAGAAACUAUCCGGAGGGAUCGGCUCUAAAUUAUACGCGCUGCUAAAUGUCGGGGAGGUGGAGAAGACGGCGGAGCCGGACGCCAAGCAGCCGCCGCUGCCGCAGCCGGAGAGCGGCUCGUGCGGCUGCAACAAGACCUGCGACUGCACCAAAGCUCCGGUGGUUUUCUCUGACCUCUACUCAACAGAUUUGCUGCCUGCCAUGGACGGGGACACCAAAACCAUGACCUUCCUGCAGGAGGUGGUGGACAUUUUACUGGCCUACAUCGUGGAGUCCUUCGACAGAGACACCAAGGUGAUCGACUUCCAUUACCCCAACGAGCUGCUGCAGAUGAACAACUGGGAGCUGCAGCACGAGCCGGCCACCCUGGACGACAUCUUGAUCAGCUGUCGCGCCACGCUCAAGUACGCCAUCAAGACAGCCCACCCCCGAUACUUCAACCAGCUCUCCACAGGAUUAGACAUGGUGGGCCUGGCGGCCGACUGGCUCACCUCCACAGCCAACACCAACAUGUUCACCUACGAGGUGGCGCCGGUGUUCGUCCUGCUGGAGUACGUCACGCUGAAGAAGAUGAGGGAGAUCAUCGGCUGGCAGGACGGACGCGGGGACGGAAUCUUCUCCCCAGGUGGUGCUAUAUCUAACAUGUACGCAAUGCUGCUUGCUCGAUUCAAGAUGUUUCCAGAGGUGAAGGAGAAAGGAAUGUCGUCGGUUCCCAGACUGGUGGCCUUCACCUCCGAACACAGUCACUUCUCCAUCAAGAAAGGAGCUGCAGCGCUCGGCAUCGGCACAGAGAGCGUCAUCUGCAUCAAGGCGGACCAGAGUGGGAAGCUGAUCCCCGCGGACCUGGAGAGGCGGAUCCUGGAGGCCAAGCAGAAGGGCUUCGUUCCUUUCUUCGUGAGCGCAACAGCCGGAACCACCGUGUACGGAGCCUUCGACCCGCUCAUCGCCAUCUCUGACAUCUGCAAGAAGUACAACGUCUGGAUGCACGUGGAUGGCGCGUGGGGAGGAAGUCUGCUCAUGUCCCGGAGACAUCGGUGGAAGCUGGACGGAGUGGAGCGCGCCAACUCGGUGACCUGGAAUCCUCACAAGAUGAUGUCUGUCCCACUGCAGUGCUCCGCCCUGCUGGUCCGAGAGGAGGGGCUGAUGCAGAACUGCAACCAGAUGCACGCGUGCUACCUGUUCCAGCAGGACAAGCACUACGACCUGUCCUACGACACCGGAGACAAGGCGCUGCAGUGCGGCCGCCAUGUGGACAUUUUCAAGCUCUGGCUCAUGUGGAGGGCAAAGGGCACCAUCGGGUUCGAGGCCCAGAUAGACAAGUGUCUGGAACUGUCCGAGUAUCUGUACAACAAGAUCAAGGACCGGGAAGGAUACGAGAUGGUGUUUGACGGAAAGCCUCAGCACACCAACGUCUGCUUCUGGUACCUCCCCCCCGGGAUCCGCUACAUGGAGGACAAAGAGGAGAGGAAGAAACACUUGCACAAGGUCGCCCCGGUGAUCAAGGCCAGGAUGAUGGAGUACGGGACCACCAUGGUCAGCUACCAGCCGCAGGGGGACAAGGUCAACUUCUUCCGCAUGGUCAUCUCCAACCCUGCCGCCACCUUCGAAGAUAUCGACUUUCUGAUCGAGGAGAUCGAGCGGCUCGGCCAGGACCUAUAAGACUCCUCCACCCCGUGCGCUUCCUUUCUUUGGCGGAUGAAUAGUUUGUGGUGAAUGUACCGGUAACUUCUUUGCUUUCUCUCGCUCUCUUUCCUGCAAAGUAUCUAAGAGUAUAUUUGAGUCACAUAUAUAAAUAUAUAUAUAAAUAUAUAUUCACGUAAGAUGUAUCGUAGCUUGGCUGUGGACUCUCCUGGUCCAAAGUGCUUCUGUCUCCGAUAGAUGUAGUGUACGUGGUGUAAACGUUGUGGUCCGAAACGCUUGUGCAAUAGGUCGGUUCGAUUCCUGACCGGUGUGUCGUGGAGUGGCCAACGUGGCUGUGCUCUGUGGUUUAUUAACCUUCUGGUUUCAAAACAAGAAAAAAGCACUUCAGCUUACCUCAGCUUGAUCAACUGCCUUUACGUCUACACAGAACCAAGGGUCCGAACAGGACCGCGGAUCGGGUGCGUCGCGGUGGGGAUGGGAGAGAGAGGUCGGUUGGAAGGCUUCACCCAGUCAGCAGAAGAAGUGACUCUGACUCCUCAGAGCCCUUCAUUUUGCUUCCUGAGCCAAACCUGCACGACUUCCGUGCCGAGCUGUCCGUCUUGUAAAUAGCCUGAAUUAAAUUCAGCACUCAGCGGUUUCUACUCGGCCAGCGAGCCGGCGGGUUAGUCCAGGAGCGCCUCAGGAUCCAUGUUGUCCUGGACGCUUUUCUCAUGCUGUACAUCAGCAGCGGGCAGUGGAAAAGGACUGACUCAAACCAAUUUCUUCACCAAAGUUGAAUGUCCUUAAACGCGUCGGCUCCUCUGCUGUCACUUUGUAGCUGUGACUCUGAUUGGUCAGUUGGGAUCCAAAUAUUCUCCUGAAAUUGACAUCGAUUCACAGCGAAGCUGUCGACGUGUCCAUCAGUGCAAUAAUCCCCUGAGCAGUGACCUCAGGUGUCUGAGCUGCGGCCGAGUCUCUCCUGUGCUCAUGCCAACUCCUCUUCAUCCCUGACCGUGCUCGCGUCACUCACCUGCUGAUCACCAGGCUUUCUCACAUGACUCACAUGUCGCUCAAGACUCAACUCUCACUUGCCUACCCCGAGGUCGGGGCCUGUUGAACUGCCCGAAAUCUGACCUGCCAAGAGUCACAGGGAAGUCAGAGACGUUACUGGUGUGGUUUGCUGCCUCCUGUAGGGGGCGCCCUUCAGUGCCACAACUGAGAUUACUACUUUCACAAGCAAUAUUUGGAACGAACGGGGGCCAAAUCCGCACGCCGAACCCGACGACCUGUAGUGUAGGACAUUGGACGGCUCGAGUCACGGCAGAGACGACACUCUCCCCGGGUUCUGUAGCAUCGUCAUUAGAAGCCGUUAGAAAAGCACAACUAGUGUACAAUCACUUUUGAGCGUAGUGUGUAAAUAAACCCGGAGCUGUCCCGAGUAUAUGUUUGUAAAUGUACAUGUAUAUAAGACGUGUAUCAGAGACUAUUUGUGCGGUAGAGUCGCUCAUAUUUUCAGAAAGAAAUGACUUGUAUUUUCAUCCUGUGUGCGAGUGCGUGUGCAACUCUUCCGGUGGUGUUUUUUGGGGACUGGCUUUAACAAGGCGGCGUCACCACGAGUCCGACUCGGUGGUGUCGGGGGUUUUAAUAUGCAAAGCCAUUUUGACUCUGAAGCACUGUUUUUAUUAUUUGUGGCAAUCGUGUGUGUGUGUGUAUGUGUGCCAAUGUGUGUGUUGCCUUUGUCUCAAACCGCUGAUGUUGUGUAGUUUUCCUCCAGUGAGGAGGUCGUGCACUUUAGAGGUACCACUGUGUGCAAUGUCUGCUGGUUGUUCAAGAAUUCAUGUGAAAAUAUUGUACAGGAAAACGUCGCUGAAGCUCUUAAGUCUGAAUGUGUCGAGGGUCUGGUUUUGUUUUCAUCAUGGGAAGGGAAGUCCUGCUGCUCCAAAACACUCCAGCUCAAUACACAAAACCAAUAAGGAGAAUGAGUUUCAUGCACAAAUUGUGAUCUACUUCUUUUUUUUUUUUCCACGUCAUUGUUGAUGACAGUUUUUUGGGGCCAAAAACAAGUCACAAAUCAAGAACACAGCUGGGUGAUGAGGCCCUAUAAUCUUUGAUCUUUUUAAAGGACACCACGCAUUUUGAAUCUGAGCGCCACCUGCUGAGCUCUGGAAAUAAUUACAGUUUUGUGACCCUCGUUAGCUCCUCACUGCUACAAUCAGGUUACUUUGAAAUUGCUCCCGAAGUUUUUUUUUUGCACUUACCACAGCUGACCAGUAGGUGGCAGCGUGUGGCAUAACUUACCUCAUGCAUGAAAGGGUGAAUGUGAUGUGAGAAGUGACCACAUGACUGAUAAAGACUUCAGUACAGCACUGCACAUUUACAGCAAAAUAACGAUUAAAUAACUGUUUAUUGCUUUAUCUAAAUGUUUUAACUAAAAACCAACAACAGCCUCCAUUGAAAAACUGUAAAUGUGCUUUGAGUGCUACCAUGACCAUUAAUGCCACGUCCCCACCGAGUGGUUUGGGUCGGCUCGGGACCAAGAAUAAGGUUUUGGUGGGCGGGUCACGAGUGGUGGCGUCAUGACGUUGGUGUGUCACAGGCAGCAGAACCUUUUCGGCGCCUCGCACCGCUGGUCCCUGGCCGGUUAUUUCACCCACUUUAAAGGCUGUCGACCCGAUGCACCCGGUGGAAACGUAGCAUUAGCCAGUGAGUUGCUAGCAUGAACAUGGCUGACAAGAUACAGCAACGUCACAGUGAAAACUCCACUGGUUGUGCAGCCUGACUUCUGGCUCUUUUCAGGAGCAUAAAUAUGAUCUUGAUGUGAAUGGUCCGGAUGUUAAAGACAGAAAAAUCUGAUUUGUUUUAAAUGAAACUGAAACGUUUAAUUUCUUCUUCUCCUGUGAAAUGAACUGGUGAGUGACUCGUCGUGUUCGGUGAACACAUUAGUUCAUGAAUGAGUCAAAAGCACUAUCUUGUUGCAGUGACCAACACAGGCCGCCAGGGGGGCUGCAGCACUCUGGCACACUGACCUUCAAAUGACCUUCAAUUCCCCAAAUAUGACUUUUGCACUCAUGACUCGGUCCCCGAGUUUCUUUGACCAGUAGCGACGCCGUGACACGGUCGACGUCCGAGUCCGACGGCGGUUGCCUCGGAAGCCACUCUGUUUCUCUGCUGCUGCUGCUGCUGCUUUGACUCGCUUCUUUUUGCACGUUGCAUGCGCUGCCUUGCCUCUCCAGCUCGUCUCCUGUAUAUCUAUUUAUAUAUAUAUAUAUCCAUAUAUCUCUAUCUAUCUGGUGUGUGUAGCUCCUGUAAGUAGCUUGGCUGUGGACUGUAUAGCGUAUUAGCCUGUAGAUUAGUCGCGUGGGCCUUUACAUGUGAUCGGUGUGGCUUCUCUGUGCUGCUAGCAUGCUAACCUCGCCUGGCUCUCUUCUCUGCUCUCUCCUGUCUCCUCUGCUGUCGCUGCCAAUAACAGUAUUUAUACCCAGAUCUCUGUCUGUGUGUGUGUGUGUGUGUGUGUGUGUCGUCCCUCAGCAUGUCUCUCUGCUUCUCUCUGCUCUGCUCACGUAUUUAACCCUUUCUCUCUGCGGCUUCUCUGGUACCUGUGUGUCUUGGCCUUCUUCCUUCUCCGGGCCGCGUCCGUCCGACCGCCACGUCCGCUGGUGUCACGGCGUCCACCCGAGACCCUGGAGCCUGUGGGAUGUGCGAGAGUUCAGACGCCCGAUCAUCAAACCUGUCCAGCGUCUUUUGACAAUGAUUCCGUUGUAAUCAGACCAAGAUCUUCAGGGGGUUUUCUUUCACUCUAUAUGGUGCAAUCUUUGACUCUUCUGCUGAGCUUGGACUCCACAUCUGUUCGUCCUGAACUACAUGUUACUCUUUGGAAAGAACCAUAAAUAAAUAUUGUCAACACUG